AUGGGGUCAUCGGCAACAACACCACAGUAUAAUGCGUAUGCUGGUGGUGCAGGUUGUCCAUCAUCAGGAUGUAUUCCUCCUACAAUAGUUCCAAAAACCUCAGGAUUCUGGCCGAAUGCAGAUUUGCUUACUGGAUUGCAAAUCGAACAAAAUCAACAAAAUACGAAUCAGAAUCAAAACCAGAACCAGAACCAGAAUCCGAACAUAAAUUCUCCACAACAAGAUGCUCCAAACAAUGGUCAAAAUCAACCUUUGUUUCCCGGAAUUUCUUCUUCCACUCCUCAACCUGUGAUCUACAUCGCACGUGCUGGAUCCGAUCAAUAUCGAUAUUCGGGGAGCUCAAAUACUCAGAGUCCAAUUGGAAUUGGGAAUGGAUUGGGAAUUGGAAACAAUUGGAAUAAUGGAGGAAUUGGAUUUCAGAAUCAGAUGAACCAAUUUAGUGGAAACCAGAAUUCGAAUCAAAAUUGGAAUCAGAAUGGGAAUCAAAAUCCGUUCCAGCCAAACCAAAAUCAGAAUCAAAACUCGAACUUUGGAAAUGCUGGAUUUUUUAAUAACCAGAAUCAAAAUUCACAAAAUUCUCAAAACCAACAGCAAGGAUCACAGAACUCUCUUGGAUCUUCUGGCUUCAUCAAUAACCAAAAUCAAAAUCCAUCAUCUGGUUCUUCUUCUGGAUUCUUUAAUAACCAAAACAAUAACCAAAACACGCAACAAGGAAACACUGGGAGUCAAGGAUCCCAAAAUCCAUUCGCUUCUGGAAACAGUCAAGCAUCUGGAUUCAUCCAAGGAGGACAACAGAACAACAAUCCGUUCGGGAAUCAAAAUCAAGGAUCUUCCAACCUCCCUUUCGGUCCAAAUAUGAUGCCAAACAGUAACACUCAAAUGGGUCCACAGCCAUUUCAACCCAAUCAGGUUGGAUCUAUCCGUCAAUCUCCUCAGUUUCCAGAAAAGGACUGGAAUUUUCAGCCCGGCAGUCAAUCGGUUCAUUUUGUAGGAGGUAACGGAGCCGGCAAUGGAGGAGUGAGUCAUAAAAAAUUGGAAUUUAUUUUUUUGUAUUUGUCCAAAAUUUCAGUUGACUUCAGGAGGGAAGCCCAGCAAAUUGCUGUUCAAAUACAGGCAAUUCGUGAAAAUUUGAGCAUCACACGAGACGAAUCCAAUUAUCUGAUCAGCCAAUUAAAAGCCAGUCUCCCACAAGAAAUUCAAAGUCAAUUACAAAUGUUUUGA